UAAAAAAACAAAAACGAAAAAAAAACAACGUCGGGCUUUUCCGUACGGACUCGGAACUCCAGCCGAGAGCCCCUGACCAGGCGCGACAAACACACCAGUCGAAUCUUGGCUUGCGAGAUUGUUUACGUCCGAUCAAACAAGUAAAACAAAAAGAAAGUAGCCUGUCGGCGAAAUGGACUCCACUGAUCAACUCGCGUCUAUGGGGACAUUUCAAGUGCUUAAAUUACCCCUGGGAUUUAUCCGUGUUUUGGAAUGGCUCUUCGCUAUUUUUGCCUUUGCGACAUGUGGGGGUUACUCUGGGCAGCUGCGGGUUAGUGUGGACUGCAUGGAGAAGGCCAGCAGCAACCUCAGCAUUGCCAUUGACUUUGCGUAUCCUUUCAGGUUGUACCAGGUGUUCUUUGAAGCGCCCGCAUGUGAAGGCAUAAGGAGGGAGCGCUUCUUCCUCGUGGGAGACUAUUCAUCCUCUGCAGAGUUCUUCGUCACCAUUGCGGUCUUUGCCUUCUUGUAUUCCCUCAUGGCCACCAUUGUCUACAUUUUUUUUCAGAACAAGUACCGUGAAAACAACCGAGGACCUCUCAUUGACUUUGUGGUGACAGUCGUGUUCUCCUUUAUGUGGCUCGUCAGUUCCUCUGCUUGGGCCAAAGCUCUGUCUGAUGUGAAAGUGGCCACUGAUCCAGAUGAGGUGCAGCUCCUCAUUUCUGCCUGCAAAAUCCAGACCAACAAGUGUGGCUCUGUGCAUGGACCACGCUGGUCCGGACUCAAUACCUCAGUGGUUUUUGGUUUUCUCAACUUUGUUCUGUGGGCUGGGAACAUCUGGUUUGUCUUUAAGGAGACCGGCUGGCACAAGGGGACAUCAAAGUUAGCAGGCGGGGCAUCUGAGAAGCAGUCCGGCACCUUCGGCCAGCCGCCCUACAACCAGGGUAGUUUUGACCAGUCAGGGAGUUACAACACCCAGGGGAACCUCAGCCAGCCGUCUGAGUACAGCCAGGUGGGAGGGCCCACCUCCUACUCCAAUCAAAUGUAGCUGUGCCUUUUCUUUUUGUGAGUGGCACUUCUGCGUUUUUAAACCAGGGCAAUCAGGGGGAGGAUAGGAUAUAAGCAAGAGUGAAAUUAAAGAUUAACGUUGAUCAGUGUGUUUGUGCAAAAAAAAAAAAAAAAAAAAAAGAGAUGGUUCUUAAAAAAGGCAUCAGAGGUGUCAAAGUACACCCACUGUAGAUACAAGUAUUGUUGGGUAUUGUAAAAAAUUAUUAUUAUUAUUACUUUUACUCCUUCUCUGAGGUGUUGUUUGCUGAAUGUUGUAGUUCUUGUAGUUUGAAACACAUAAGUGACAGUUUCUCGCUCUCUCUCUCUCUCUCUCUCUGUAUGGUAAUUGACAUUCCCUGAUAAGACUGAAUGAAGGCUUUGCACUGUCGUGGAUGUAAAAAGUGGUCUGUGUUUGUAGAAAUCUCAAGUUCCUAAAAUGGUGACAGCUAAGUGCAUGAUGUCAUUUGUGUGCCAAUAUGCUAUCUGUGAAACUAGUAAAAAAAAGAAAAGUUUACAAAAAAAAAGUUUACAAAACUCAAUCUGCCCUGACUCAUUAGUGAAAGUGAAUUUAGAUCAGUGUGAUUACAUGUACAUUGUUUUUUAAUCUAACAGAAACUACAGUAGAUUUUGAUAAUAUGUAUUUCUAAUUCAUGUACGGAUUUAAAAUAUGAUGACGUACUUGUUGGUACAAAUACAUUCCAACUCAUAUUUGGCAUUUUUAUCACAUCAGGAAGCCUGAAAGGUUGAAGCAAUGACUGUACACACUAAAUAGGGUUUGUGCAAGACAAAAUGUACAAUAUGCAACCACUGCAGCAUGUUGAUUCUUGCUCCAAGGUUUCCACUUCCAAAGUUGCAUCUGUGCAAACAAUAUCACACUUUAAUUUGAAUCAUCUGAAGGGGUGGGGUGGGG